AUGUCGGCCCAAUCGAAUCCCAGGCCUGUAACGCCUCACAAGGUUGUUUCCGAAACUGUCCGCGAGAGGGAAACCUUUAGAUACUGGCUUCCAUUCCAACUUUCUCAAGUCGUCCAAGACUUUCGACGUUCAACUCACGGGACCGAGCACCUCUCGUCUAUCAGUACCAUCUUGACGGCCCUGACCCAACUCGGCAUAUACCACGUCGGCGCAGAGCGAGCCUUUGUUUCUCUUUUCGAUUCCGAGUACCAAUACUUCGUAGCCGAAGCUACCUCCGGUACCUAUCUGCGCUCUUCGGUACCUAACCACGAACACAAUGAGCCAUUUCGACUUUGCGGAACCGCCGCUCGUCGAGGCAACGAUGCAUGCGAUUAUACCAUCUUGAACAAGUCGGCCGGCGAUGAAGAUGAUGGGGUGCUCCCUGUUACCGUCGUACCAAACUUGGAAGACGACAACAGGUUCCCAUCCUAUGCUAUCCCCAUCCUGGGUCCUUCUUAUGCCACUUCUUACGCCGCUAUCCCCAUUCGCACUAAACGAGGCAUCAAUAUCGGUGUGUACCAUGUCGUAAAUACGUCUGCACGCGCGUGGACCGACGUCAACAGCGAUCGACUGCGCGACAUUUCCUGUGCCAUAUCCGAACACCUCGAGACGGAAAGCCUCAAGGCCAUCAAUAGGAGAAAUGCACGAAUGAACAGAGGCAUAGGUUCCUUUAUCGAGGGCGGUUCGACACUGACCGGCUGGCGUCACGAGUCAAACAUCACUGCCUUUGAGAAUAUUCUCGCCUCCAUCGAAGGGAAUCUCAAUUCAAAUCAGCAGGGCUUGGAGAGCGACAUGGAGAGUGUCACGUCUGAUGGCCCGCCAGACGACGAACUGCCAAGGCAAGCCCGUCGUGCCAGCGCCCCGACGACUCUGGCCGAGCGCACAAAAGCCACCAUGGAGGAGAACCAAAGCCAAGCCAAUGUCUUUUCAAGGGCUGCCAAUAUCAUUAGAGAGUCGGUCGAGGUUGAGGGCUGCCUGUUUCUUGACGCAACCAUGGCAAGCUAUCGCGCCGACAAGACCAGCACUACAGGAGGUAAGCCCGGAUCAGCAGGGUACUCGUCCUCAACAAGCAGCGACGACAGUCCUUAUUCCCAAGAGGAGGGCAAGGUUGAUCGCACCUGUGACAUCAAGGGGUAUUCCACUUCUAGAACCUCUAGCAUUGACCAUGCUCAAGGUCCCGUAAGCUCGGUAGCGCUCAGUGAAAAGUUCAUGAAGAAAAUGUUGAACCAAUAUCCUAAAGGCAAGGUCUUCAUGUUCGAUGUUGACGGGGAGCUUCAAACAUCCGACUCAUCGUCUGACGACGUCUUCUCUUGGGCGCCAGCAGAACGUGGCCGCUCAGUAUCUGGACAAUCUUCGCCGCACAGGUCACUGCAACGGAAACCUCUGUCGCGUCAGCGCGAGGGUCGAAUCAUUUCCGCUGCGUUUCCAGGCGCCCGCAGCGUAGCCUUCUUCCCCGUCUGGGAUCCCAUAAAAGAACGAUGGAGCGCCAGCGGACUAAUCUACACCAACACUCCCACGCGCACCUUUACCGUCCAGGGGGAACUAAGCUACCUGCGCGGCUUUGGAACUCUUGCUGCAGUUGAGAUUGCACGACUUGAAGCUUUGCAAUCUGCAAAGAUCAAAUCCGAUGCCCUUGGAUCUCUGUCCCACGAAUUACGUUCUCCUCUUCACGGCGUACUGUUGAGCACGGAGCUCAUAGCUGAUACGAAACUCGACGUCUUUCAGACAAACAUUGCACACACUAUCGAGACGUGCUCGCGAACGUUGCUCGAUACGAUAGAUCAUCUUCUCGAUUAUUCCAGGGUCAAUAACUUCGCCAAUUCAAACAACAAGGUCACUGGUGGUCAGCCGACGAGCCAUUUCAAUAAACCCGGGUCGCAGCAUUUUGGCAAGGUUCUCGUCACCGAUUAUUCACUUGACGAAUUGGUAGAGGAUGUGGUCGAGAGUGUCUUUGCUGGAUUCAACUUUCAACACAAAUCCAUCAACCAAUACAUUUCUCAACGGCCACACGCACGCCGCGCUUCGCGCCACGCAGACAAUACAGCCAAUACCGCGUCGGACUAUCUUGAAGCUAUGGACCAGCUCAGUCCUGGAGUGACUCAAUCAACAGGUACGACUUUUAGUUUCGGAAACGUAACCAUCAUUCUUUCUCUGGACUCUGGGUGCGAUUGGCUAUUCCGCUUCCACGUGGGUGCCGUCCGUCGCAUUGUCAUGAACAUUGUUGGCAACGCGUUGAAAUACACAAAAGACGGUACCAUCACCAUCUCCCUCACGCAACAGGUCACUGCUGUUAGGCGUCGCAGGCCGGAACAGGUUGUUUGUUUCGUGGUCAAGGACACAGGUAAAGGUAUUGGCCAGGAGUAUCUCCAGAGGGGAAUUUUCAAGCCCUUCACUCAAGAGAAUGAUCUGUCCCCAGGGACCGGCAUUGGACUCAGUCUCGUCAAACAGAUUGUGAAGCAAUUCAGAGGCCAAAUUUCGAUCGAAAGUCAAGUCGGCGUCGGUACAACAGUUACUGUUCUGCUUCCUCUCGAGAGGCCCGGAUCGUCUGGUGUUCCAUCCAGUGCCCAAGCUAAGUUCAAUGAACAAGUCCGGGAUCUGGCGGGACUGCGUGUUCGGAUUGUGUCUGGCUCUUCUACUGGCCUGCGCAACACUUUGGAUCAUAUCUGCAAAGAAUGGUUGAAGCUUGAGAUAGUAGCAGAAGACGACAAUUCGAGAAAACCGGAUCUCAUGCUUUGGACGCAGCAUUCGUUGCCAGCUACAACCCAGUACACGGACUCGCUUGCUCAGGUUCCAAACGUUGUCAUAUGCCAGGAUGCCUUGGCCGCCUACGAGAGAACGAGUGCGGCCGGCUGGAAAGGUGUUUUUGAAUUUGUGUCGCAGCCGAUCGGUCCACGGAAACUCGCAAAGACCUUGGCACUUGCCUACAGUCGUUGGGUGGAAGAUGAAGAACCUCGUCCCACCCCGCCUCUUCCUGGUAGUAGCCCACCAGCGGUCAAUCCAAGCACGACGCCUAGCUAUUCGUUUCCUCCACAACCAGACGCGGCCCCGCCUGCUGGACAAGAGUCAAGUGAUACGGAUAACCACGCGCCUCGAAUGCUACUUGUCGAAGACAACCACAUCAACUUGAAAAUCCUCAUCGCAUACAUGAAGAAACUCCAAAUCCGAUACGACAAAGCCAUCAACGGUAAAGAAGCAGUGGAAAAAUACACGCAGUCACCACGGGACUUUGCAUGUAUAUUAUCUGAUAUCUCCAUGCCGGUCAUGAACGGUUUUGAAGCGGCGAGGUUGAUUAGGGCUUUUGAAAGCAAGGAGGGAAUUAAAAAGAGUGUUCCGAUGUUUGCGGUUUCUGGUCUGGCUACGGAGGAGGCACAGAAGGAGGCGAGUGGGAGUGGCUUUGAUUUAUUUCUUGCGAAGCCGGUUAAACUUCAGGUUUUGGGCGAUUUACUUAGAGAGAAGGGGAUUUUGGAGUCUGUUAAGACAUGA